AUGAUCGGUUCGGAGACGCAGCGACGAGUCACUCAAACCCAUCGCUCUGUAUAGUAGUGUUUAUAGUUUUUUUUCUUCUUCUUCAUCUACUUCCUUUUUUGUUCUUCGAAUAAGAGAAGUUGGUGGAUAUGACGAUGGGUGAGGACGCUGUCACCAGGAACAACAACCAGCACCUCUCGAUAGAUAUGCUUCCACAGGGUGGCUCUAAAUGCUUCGAUGAUGAUGGACGUCUCAAAAGAACUGGGACCGUUUGGACCGCGAGUGCCCACAUAAUAACUGCAGUGAUUGGAUCUGGUGUGCUCUCCUUGGCAUGGGCUAUUGCUCAGCUGGGAUGGAUUGCUGGUCCAGCUGUGAUGUUCCUAUUCUCCUUUGUAAUUUACUACACCUCCUCCCUCCUGACCGACUGUUACAGAUCAGGCGACCCGGUCUCCGGCAAGAGAAACUACACCUACACGGAUGCUGUUCGGUCCAACCUUGGUGGAGUCAAGGUAAAGAUUUGUGGGAUAAUCCAGUACUUGAACCUUUUUGGAGUCGCCAUCGGCUACACUAUUGCAGCAUCUAUAAGCAUGAUGGCAAUCAAGAGGUCUAACUGCUUUCAUGAAAGUGGAGGAGAUAACCCAUGCCACAUAUCAAGCAACCCUUACAUGAUCAUUUUUGGAGUCACCGAAAUUCUCUUCUCUCAAAUUCCAGACUUCGAUCAGAUAUGGUGGUUGUCGAUUGUCGCUGCUGUCAUGUCCUUUACUUACUCCUCCAUUGGUCUUGGACUUGGAAUCGCCAAAGUUGCAGAGACUGGGAGCUUCAAGGGCAGCCUCACCGGAAUAAGCAUUGGCGCAGUCACUGAGACCCAGAAGAUAUGGCGAAGCUUCCAAGCUCUGGGAGACAUAGCUUUUGCCUACUCAUACUCAAUCAUCCUUAUUGAAAUUCAGGACACAAUCAAAUCUCCACCAUCUGAGGCCAAGACAAUGAAGAAGGCAACUCUGCUCAGCGUUGCCGUGACCACACUCUUCUACAUGCUCUGUGGCUGCAUGGGCUACGCUGCCUUCGGAGACCUGGCGCCCGGCAACCUCCUCACUGGCUUUGGCUUCUACAACCCAUUCUGGCUCCUGGACAUCGCCAAUGCUGCCAUAGUGAUCCACCUGGUCGGUGCCUACCAAGUCUACUGCCAGCCCCUCUUCGCCUUCAUUGAGAAAUCAGCAUCAGAGAGAUGGUCGGAGAGCAAGUUCAUCACCAAGGAAAUCAAGGUCCCGAUUCCAGGAUUCCGCCCCUACAAGCUCAACCUCUUCCGCCUGGUCUGGAGAUCCGUAUUCGUUGUGGCAACCACUGUCAUCUCCAUGCUUCUCCCAUUCUUCAACGACGUUGUUGGGAUUUUAGGAGCCUUCGGCUUCUGGCCGCUCACAGUCUACUUCCCUGUGGAGAUGUACAUUGCACAGAAGAAGAUACCCAAGUGGAGCACCCGGUGGCUCUGCCUCCAAAUCCUCAGUUUCGCUUGCCUCGUCGUCUCAAUUGCCGCCGCUGCCGGUUCCAUCGCUGGCGUUGCCCUCGACCUCAAGGUGUACAAGCCCUUCAAGACCAGCUACUAAUAAACUAGAUCACCAUCACCAUCUUCAUCUUCAUAAGAUCCCCAUUAAUUGACGGUUCUAAGGCAAGAAUUAGAGGAUUUCAAUUCCUGUCCAUGUCUAUAACAGUCUUAAGUAAUGGUGUUGUUGGUUGCUCGUUUUUUCUGUUGCUGUUGUCGCUGCUGCUUUCACUGUUUUUGUUUAAACUCUUAGAAGGGGGCGGGACCAUGUAAUUAUGUGCCAUUCAAAUGUAUUAGUCUCCUCUCGACUCUUUACUUUAUCCAAAGAAAAAAAAAAUGAAACAAGGCUGGGAUUGCUUUGCAAUCUUGUUGUGUUCUACUUCCAAA